AUGGAAGUCAGCAAUAGUUGUAUCCCAUUUCGCUGGAAGAAGCGCACUGCAGCCAUUCCGUAUGCUCGCGUACCCAAAUGGCUGAAUGAUUCAGACGAUGAGUUGGAGCAACUAUCAGGACUUCCGGCUGGAGUGUCCCAUAAAAGAAAUAGAAGAGAAACUUCAAAUCGCUCCGAAGAACUUAGACGCAGCGCUGAACGUUUGAAAGCUGAGGGUAUUCAGUACAUGGAAAAAUGUCGGUACGAAGAUGCUAUCCACGUCUGGAGCCAAGCGGCAGACAUGAAUCCCACCGAUCCGACUAUAACCGAAAUGCUCUCUCAGGUGGUCGAAUUAUUCACAAUCGAUAUAUUUAAGGCACUCAUCACUUACUGCAAAGCCGUUCAUCUGGACCCGUCCCUCAGCGAAGUCUUUGAAACAGAUCUGCCUUAUGCAUUUUCGGUUAAAGCCAAAAUGACAGAAGAAAACAACAAAACUGAUGCGAAGAAAGUUCUUCUUGAAGAGUCGAAAAAUGGAACAAAGUCGAAGUUGAUCCGUGCUCGCCGCUAUCUGUUGUGA